UAAAAUGGAGACAGCGAGAGAUACGUAGUGAGAAAAGGUUAGUGUAAGCAAACUCAUCUCUGUCUGCUUUAAAGUGCUUCACUUUUGGAUACUGUUACUUUUAUGGACUGCUGUUAGGCUCCCUAUGCUGUGAGAAACAAGCCAAGCCCUCUCUCGGGAGUGUGCUGCUGCAACAGCUGUUGCGUGCGUUGACCUCUCAGCAAGCUACUGAAACAGCCGAGAUCAUCUGACCACCAGCAAGGAGGACGCAAAUGAGUUUUCUCCCUCUGCGCCCAGCCUCUUCCUCUAUAUACUAGGCCCAUGGAGGUGGAUUUGGAUGGCCUGUUCGUGCACAACACUACGUUUGAUUAUGAAAACUACGAAACCCCUGAGGACGAAUGCACAGCCAGCAACCACUUGCAGUUUGAGGCCGUGCUCAUCCCGAUUCUGUACUCGCUGGCGCUGGUUCUGGGCCUGCUGGGGAAUGGGCUGGUGCUGGGGGUUCUGUGCCGGCUACAGCGGAGCUGGAGUGUGACCGACACCUUCAUCCUGCACCUGACGGUGGCUGACACCCUGCUGCUUCUCACUCUGCCCUUCUGGGCCGUAGGGGCUGCCCAGGGCUGGAGCUUCGGCGGACCGUCCUGCAAGCUGAUCGGAGCCAUCUUCAAGAUAAACUUCUAUUGCGGGAUCUUCCUGCUUGGCUGCAUCAGUCUGGACCGCUACCUGUCCAUUGUCCACGCUAUGCAGAUAUACUCUUGUCGCAAGCCCUGGGCGGUGCAGGCUAGCUGUCUGUGCGUGUGGAUCUUCUGCCUCCUGCUCUCCAUCCCUGACUGGGUCUUCCUGGAGCCCGUAGCGGAACCAAGAAGAGGAGGGAAAGCAGUGUGCACUCACAACUACCUGAAGUUCAACACCAGUGCUAAGGACUGGCGCAUGGCCUCCCGCCUCCUCUACCACGUCGUGGGAUUCGUCCUCCCCUCCCUGGUCAUGGUCUUCUGCUACUCCUGCAUCCUGCUGCGUCUGAACAGGGGCUCCCAGGGGCCGCAGAAGCUGAAGGCCAUCAGGGUGAUCCUGGCGCUGGUGGUGGUCUUCUUCGUCAGCUGGACGCCGUUCAACAUCACCCUGAUCGCGGACACGCUCCGCUCAAAGGGAGAUUUCAGCGGCGCGUGCAAGAGCAGGGCGGCCCUGGACGUGGCUCUGGUGGUCACCACCGCCCUGGCCUGCGUGCACGCCUGCCUGAACCCCGUGCUGUACUCUUGCCUUUGCUCCAACUUCAGACACCACCUGCUGGACAUGUUGGGAUGGCGCUCUCGGGCACGUGCCGACCACGAGCUGUCCCUGUGGGACCAGCCGGAGGACUCUGUGCUCCAACACUCGGAGGAAAUGGGCCAGUUGAAUCCCCCGAAAAGCACUGAACAGACUCAGCUUAGUCUGACUGAGCAGAAAAGCAGCAAUGGUAUUUCCUCCUGACUUUUAUUCUACUUACAGCAUAUCUGCACUUUAACAGACUUAUUAUGGGUCAGGAUGUAGCAGUUCUAAUAAGUGAGAGUUUUUGUGUUUGCAAAUAUCACUCCUACCAAUUCGCAUUAGUUACAGCCAAUCCGUUUUAAUUUCCUCAAUUUUGUAUUUGUUAUCCUCUCUGUGAUAAAGAGGAUCAUUAUUAUUCUGCAUUAUGAUAAUAAGCUAUUCCACUCUCUACCAUAACUUUGUGUGGUACCCCUGAUCCUCCUGUAAUUAUAUAUAAAAUGGUUGUUUCCACAGCACGGUUGUUCAAAGAACACAUGGGUUUAAGCUCUCUGUAAAUCUGUUUCUCAGGCCCUCCUUUUUAUAUACGGUAUAUAUAUAAUUCCCAUUCCUACUGUUAUUUUAGGCACUUUUUAUAUAACUAUUUAUAGGAAAUAGGAAUAUGAAGA